GCUGGCACCGGGUGGGACUUACAGGUGCUUGGCGAGAGCGAGUAUGUACGUUGAAGAGAUGAGAGAAGUACAAGGAAUCACGCACGCCUUCCCUGAUCUUAUCUGCCUUGUUCACUGGCAGUCCGAUGCAUAAAGAACAUUCAACCAUCUCAUGAUGUUUGCCAAUCCACGAUUCGUUCAUAAAGCGUUCCACCGAACAUGGAACAGUGCCUCGGUCAAGAGAUUAUCUAUACAAAACCACCCGGUCAAGUUUGUGCCCAUCACCGAGAGCAGAGCCGAAUCACUGAAAACCCAAUUGGCCUCGAUUAUCGGAGAGAAACAUGUCUCAAGAGCGGAAAUCAUCCGAUCCCAACAUGGUCAGGAUGAAGGGCCUGAUCACGGCCUUAUUCCAGAUUUGGUAGCAUUUCCAGGGGAUGUGGGAGAAGUGAGCGAGAUUUGCCGCCUUUGUCACAAAGAUGGUGUUCCAAUUGUUCCCUUUGGAACUGGAACAGGCCUGGAGUCGGGGAUCUCUGCAAUUCACGGAGGCAUUUCAGUGGAUGUUACCCGAAUGAAUCGGAUUUUGGAUUAUCAUCCCGAAGAUUUUGACGUGGUAGUGGAACCAGGCGUGACGAGAGAGGCACUCAACCACCACUUAAAGGAUGAUGGCUUGUGGUUCCCAGUGGAUCCUGGAGCCAAUGCCUCCAUCUGUGGCAUGUGCGCCACGGGAGCCAGUGGAACCAAUGCUGUCAGAUAUGGAACGAUUAAGGAAAACUGUCUCAAUUUGGAGGUUGUUCUCGCCGACGGCCGUAUCCUUCACACCGGAGGAAAAGACAAACGACCGAAGAAGUCAUCAGCCGGAUACAAUCUUACCAAUUUAUUCGUCGGGUCGGAAGGAACUUUAGGAAUCAUCACCAAAGCAACCGUCCGAUUGCAAGCGCAACCUGAAGCCGUGGCCGCAGCGGUGGUUUGCUUUUCUGACAUCCAAAGUGCUGUGGACACGGUGGUGAUGACUCUGCAAUGCUCUAUGCCCAUGGCUAGGAUUGAGCUCCUUGAUACUUUAGCCAUCAAGGCAUGCAACGCAUACAAUAAUUUGGAGCUCAAAGAGACACCAACACUUUUCCUCGAGUUCCAUAGCUCAGAAGCGGGACUCGAGUAUCAGACUCAAACUGUGGAGGAAAUUGCUAAAGGGAAUGGCGGUUCAGAUUUCCAAUUCGCCACGAAAACCGAGGACCGCAAUCGGUUGUGGAGGGCCAGACACAAGAUGCAUUACUCCGGUUUGAACCUGAGGCCUGGAUGCAGGAUGGUCACCACAGAUGUCUGUGUACCCAUCUCCCGCCUACCCGAAAUCAUCAAGAUCACUCGUGAAGAUGUCGACAAAUCUGGCAUUACAGCUCCUCUACUUGGACAUGUCGGUGAUGGCAAUUUUCACGUCUAUCUUCUAUUUGAUCCCAAUGAUCCAGAAGAAUACAAGACGUGCAAGGAACUGGCCAAUCGCAUGGCUAUUCGAGCCCUAGAAAUGGGCGGAACGUGCACCGGUGAGCAUGGGAUUGGCACCGGCAAGAAGAAUCUCCUCCACGCCCAAUAUGGAGACGUGGGCAUCGACGCCAUGUGGGGCAUCAAGAACUUCUUCGAUCCCACAGGAAUCAUGAAUCCGGGCAAAGUCUUGCCCCCAAUUUUGUAACAUGUGAUUGCAUGGAAUAUAUCUUUGAUACUGAGCAGAACGAA